CUUUGCAUCCCUUUUUGAUUUCUCCACUUUUCUCAACCAAUCAAUUACUCCCUAUAUUGCACAUUCCCAAAUUUAUAAUCCUUUUAUUUCAGUUUUAUAUAUCCUCUCUCAGGCAUUCCAUAGUUUUGGAUAAUAUGGCUGAUGCUCUUGUUUCCAUAGUCUUGGAGCAGCUGAGCUUAAUAUUUGCUCAGGAAGUGAGGUUCGUUGUUGGUGUCAAGAACGAGGUUUGAAAGCUUACUAGUAAUUUUCAGGCCAUCCAAGUUAUGCUUGCCGAUGCAGAGGAAAGGCAGUUGAAGGAUGGCUCCAUCAAACGUUGGAUAGAUCAGCUUAAAGGUGUAUCUUAUGACAUGGACGAUGUUCUGGAUGAGUGGGGCACUACAAUUGCGAAAUCACAAAUGAAGGUAAAUGACCAUGCCUGCAAGACUGCUAGGAAGGUAUGCUCCAUGAUCUUCUCUUGCCUUUGUUGUAGAGAAGUUGGUUUGCGUCGUGAUAUUGCUCAUAAGAUAAAAGAACUGAAUGAAAGAAUAGAUGGCGUUGUGAUUGAGAAAGAUAGGUUCCACUUCAAAUCAUCUGAAGGGGGAAUUAAACAGCUUGAACAUCAAAAAACCACUUCUAUUGUAUAUGCAGCAGAAGUUAAAGGUCGAGAAAAUGAUAAAGAGAGGGUGAAAAAAAUGUUGUUGAGUGAGAGUAGUCAAGGACCAGCCCUUCGUGCAAUCUCUCUAGUAGGGAUGGGAGGGAUAGGAAAGACAACCCUUGCUCGACUAGUUUAUAAUGAUCAUGAGGUGGAGACCCAUUUUGAUAAGAGAAUAUGGGUUUGUGUAUCAGAUCCCUUUGAUGAGAUAAGGAUUACCAAGGCAAUCCUUGAAGGUCUCAUGGGGUUUGCCCAAAAUUUAAACGAAUUGCAGAAUUUAGUGCAACAUGUACAAUAAUCAAUUAGAAGAAAGAAAUUUUUACUUGUCCUAGAUGAUGUGUGGAAUGAAGAUUCCACAAAGUAGGAGCAACUGAGAAACUCCCUCAUGUGUGGUUGUUUGCCUGGAAGUAGUAUUUUGGUGACCACACGUAAUAGGAAUGUUGCAAACUGCAUGGGCUCCUCACCUACUGACAUUUUAGAACUAGAACCUCUCUCUACAGAUGAAUGCUAGUCACUAUUCAGUCAGCAAGCAUUUCUUGAAAAAAACAGUAGAGAGAGAGGAGAUUUAGAAAAUAUUGGUAGACAAAUCGCAGCUAAGUGUAAAGGCUUACCUCUUACUGCAAAGAGUCUAGGAAGUCUUUUGCGCUUUAAAAGUAGUAUAGAAGAGUGGAAAAGUGUCUUGAACAACCAUGUUUGGGAGACUGAAGAAGUUGAAAGCAAAAUCUUAGCACCUUUAUGGUUGAGCUACCAUGAUUUGCCCUCUGAUAUGAGACGGUGUUUCUCAUAUUGUGCAGUCUUUCCAAAAGACUUCAUAUUUUGGAGGGAUACUUUGAUCAAACUGUGGAUGGCACAAGGUUUCCUUCGGGAAACACAGAAUAUAGAGAUGGAAGUAAUGGGUCGUGAGUGCUUCAAAGCUUUAGCUGCACGCUCUUUCUUUCAAGAUUUUAAGAAAGAAAAGGGUGAUGGUAGCAUUUAUGCUUGUAAGAUGCAUGACAUGGUGCAUGAUUUUGCACAAAACUUGACAAAAAAUGAAAGUUUUAGUGUAGAGAUCGAUGGUGCGGCAGAGUCAAAGAUAGACUCUUUUUCUAGAGAUGCCC